UUAAGCAGUAGAUCAGUUACAUUGUCAGUCUUUAAUUUGAUACCUGGCGAUAUAAGCUGUAGAUAACAUUGCUUAACUAAAAUUUAGUACACGUAACGAAAGUCGGAAUUGUUAAUGUAAAUUUGAGUCCCAACUUUCUCUUAGUGACAUUAAAAUUUAAAACUUGUUUACAUUAAGUCUGAAGUUAAAUAGGCAUUGAUACAUUGCUGGUGGACAGUUAAAUACUUCGUAGGUAACUUGUGUGCUAACAAUUUGCUACCAGGCCUGGCGUAGCCGGUCCACUCCCUAGAAAUAAUAGCUUUAGUUCAUUUUUAUGAAAAAAUAAUAAUGAAAUUGCCAAUACUAUUUUUAUUACAAUUAUCUUAUUGUUACCUUAUGUGCUCUGGACGCUCAAGUAACAUAGUUACAUCAAAAGACAGAUCAUACGCGCCCAUUCGAUUUCUUAUACCUCAAUCAAUAUGGCGAAAAGCGUUCAAAUAUCCUCCACUAUUAAAAUCGUCGGUAACAGUUGUAGUACCAAUAUAUGUACCGAUUAAAGAUGACCCUGAAAAUGAUGAAUUAGAUGAAGCUACAAUAGAGAAUACAGUGGAACAAACGACCAUUCCAUAUACAACUAUCAACACUACCGACCAACUAACUGUGGCCAAUGACACUGAGGCAGCUAAUGAUACAAUUGUAAGUGAAGUAAUCACUACAACUGAACCAGCAACAGUAGCAGGGCAGUUGUUUCGUUUCCCGUGUUCAUGCUACAAAGGCGAAUGUGGAUGUUGUUCAGGAGCUAUUCUACAGAGAUUCAAAAUGAAAACAUGUGGUAAUGUCACAUUCAUCCCUGAGGAUUUUGUUUUUGAUGUGAAGUUAAGUGUUAACAACAAUACUGUUAUCCACCGACGAGUAUCAGCAAGUAACCCCCCGCCGAUAUGUUUCAACCCCGGCAGAGCUCCGUUGAUCGAAAUUUGUGCAGAACUGUCAAACAUUCGGAUACGAAACAGAAACGCUUACGCCUGUUUGGACAUCGACGCCAAUAUCGGGGGAUUUCCAAUUUAUACAGCUUCAUUCAGAUGUUUCGGGUUUAGAAUAAAAGCAAACCAGGUUAAUCGACAACCAAAGCUAACUUCUGCGCCAGGACCAAGGAUUUAUGUCACUCUACGCGGUGCUACUGAUGAUGUUACUAAUUUAAACAGGGUAAAAGCGUUAUUAAAAUCAAUGGGUAAGAAAAUCAAGGAGCUUGGAACAAGUCCUAAAGAUGAAGAUGAUAAAGAUGAUGGUUCAAAUGAAGAUGCUCCAACUACCACCAGUAAUACAAUUAGCCUAGGAAUCUUCUUAAAAAAUCAGAAUCAACUAGGGCCACUACCGAAACCAAGAGGGACGUCAAAAAUAAAAUCUACCAAUAUGAACGGAAAAAAUGGCAAUAGUGAUAAGAGGCUAGGAACAAAAGGAAUACAAACAGGUCUAAAACCUAAGCCAAACAAGACAUCCGGACCAAAGCCUAUCAGUCUUUAUGGAGGAGGUAGUGAUAAAGAUGACGAUGGUGGGGUCCUGGGUUCUAUAGCUAGCAGUGUCUUUGGUAAUGGGGAAGGAGGAGGUAUUUUGGGAGGGGGAGAUUCUGAUGAUGAUGAUGGGCCAUUCGAUGCAAUAGGUGAUUUCGUUGAAGACUUUGCAUAUCCAAGGAAAAGUGACUUAAAGAAGAAAAAGUCAAAAGAUUGAAAGACAUUGCAGUUUUUUUGAUGUUGUUUUAUGUGAUGAAGCUAAUUUAUUGUUACCAUUAGGUAUUUAUGUAAUUUAUUAAACUAUUUUGUUGAAUAAAACUUUAGUCUUUUUUCUCCUCACCAUUGCAGUGCAAAUUGGUAAUGCUGCCAGCCUAUUGGGCACUUUGCCGUAGGGUAAACGCUGAUGGGCUAUAUUGGCAAUUUAUAUUUUAAUUUUGUUUUUAAGGUUUUAUUUAAUAAUUAUGUCACAUUUCUUAGAUGGUAAAAUAAACUUUUGUCUUACUUAUGUGUCAAAAUAUUUUCCACUGUCGUUGUGAAAGUUGUGAGUGUCGCUGUUCGUUGAACCGGUUCGAAUCUCGGCAAGCGAAUUGGAGUAUCUGUUUCACUCACACAACCGGCGCACGUGCAGUUUUGCAGCUAAAUAACAAGCAUUAUGAGCGAGUGCAUAAAAUACUUUAUAUACAUGACUUUAAUAACAAUUGUGGCACGCGCAGAAGUUAAGAGCACCGCUUACCACGAAGAACUAAAUAGUACCAUACAAGAUAAGUUACAAUCAAUUGAGGUGCCGGACAGUUCGUUAAUACUUUUUGAUCGUUUGAAGUUGAGAUCUCCCAUGUCAGAAUAUGCAAGA